AUGGCAGUAACUAGUGACAGUUACAACAUACAAGAUGUUUGCAGUCAAAUUUCGACAAGUUUUGCGUCUACCCCGUGUAAUAUCAGCGAGCUUCUUUGGGAAGACAAGGUUAGGUCAUUACGUGACCUUGUUACUACAUAUCGUUUGCCGUUAGUUGUGAAGUUAAAAAGUGGCGACAUUAACACUUACAUUGUGGAUAAUAUUUCUGGAAGUAGUGUAAACAACGAAACAAAACUUACAGGAAACGGUCAAGUUGCUAGCAAUAAUGCAUGUGAUACAAGUGCUACAGACAAAUCUAGUCCAGCGAAUGAUUUAACCAGCAGCAGUUUUGAAAGCAAAAAUACACCUGUGCCUUCGAGUGGACAAGCUGAUGUUAUUUUGCAGAUACACGAGACAAGAAGAAGAAAGAUAAUUCAAACUCGCAAAAUGACUUGGGAAAAACGCCAGAAUGAUUAUGUUGUUUCGGGAGAACAGGUGGAGAUACCAGCCUCUUUUAAAGGCUGGUUUGAAGUGGUGCCAGACGACGGACGUCCGGUUGAGUACUUCGACACUAUCGGUGGAAUCGCCAGCAUAAAACCCAGGCGUUUCCUCGUCCGGACCUCCAUUGUUGGUUACCAGCUGAGCACCGAGGAGACUGGCAGCAGCUGCUGGAUGCCCUACGAGAUAAAGACGGGCGAUGUCCUUACCACAGGAAUCAUUUACACAGACACCAAAAAGGCAAGAAGUCCGACAAACAGAAAUAUACUGAAGAGGUUCUUGAAACAGAGUAAAAGCAAGAAGGAGCAAGAUUUGAAAUAUCUCCAGUGCUUUGAUUCAAAUGGAUGGGAGAUCAUGAUCCCUUUUAUUAUGUCCGGAGUGUUCAGCCCAGUCGGUGACUCCACAGUGGCUAAUUUCGAUGCCCUAUAUGAACUUCAAGAUUUAAUUAUCGCGUUUGGACUACCUGUUAACACCCAGCUCAUUCAUGCAAACAACAAAGAUGGUUUCCAUUGUCCACGGGGAGUUAUGAGGCUCUAUGGAACGCGCGAAGAAGAGCUAGCGGUUGUCAGCAAAAUUGGUCCUGACGGUAUUUUGUUCCGUAACUUCAACAGCUGUGAGAAAUUUGAAGUUUCCCUGGAUCACAUGCUAUUCUCAAGGGGAGUUGUGAAAAGGAAACCGGUUAUCAAGUCAAAACUUGUAGAAGGGAUUUCGAAUCAUUACGGAAAGACAACAAAUAAAUUUAGAUCCGAAGAUUCUGGGAUAAAGGAUAAAGAUUAUGUCACGGCUAAAUUAAUGGAGAAUUUCAGAAUCCGAUCCACAAACGAUAAACAGUUUAUAGAGCCAUCCAUUGAUAAGGACACUUAUAUGUCAAUCAGUUCUAUGAACAAGACUGUACCAACACACGAAGAUAAAACUACUUUGAAUAAAGAUGACCAUGAAGUGACCCUUGUGUCUAACGAUUCUUCUUUGAGCACUGUUUUUUCAGACUCCAAUAAUCAAUCUGGUUUAACUGACCAAUCUUCCAGACAAACUUCUAAUCAGUUAAACUCUGUAGAUCAGAACAGUAAAAAUGAAGUAGAGCUUCCAGAAAGAGUCCCCAAAAAACUAAAGAAAUCAAGAUCAACAUCCAUCCUAGACAAGUUAAGUGUUCGGAGAGUGAAGAAAGAAAGAGCUAAGUUAAAGGAGCUACGAGGUGACGAUGUGUUUUCCAAACGUAUCACCAGAAGUGAGUUGAGUUAUCAGGAGUUUUUUAAUGGUCUGGAUAAUGAGGAGGAAAAAGCAAAGAAAACCGAAGCUCCUAAACCAGAUCAAGAUGAUGACAAAGGAGCUAAAAACGGUGGUACUUACCAAGGCUACUCAAGUGGUAGUACCGCAGUAUGCCACACUAGUACACCCAAUACGCUUUCUAAAGCCAGUUUCAAAGUCGUCAGUGACACUGCUAAAUCUAUACAGCGUGAGGCAAACAUCCAGAAGCGAGGUUUGCCGCCGAUUCCAAUAGAAGCGCAGACGUAUGCUCAAACAGACUCGCCAAACCAGAACGUUUCCAUGGAGUCUUUAUACGAACAUCUUCCUCCUGCUCCCAAACCUCCUCACUAUCGCAGAGCUAGUGAUUCUGCACUACUGGAUGACAAAUGUAACGAUAGCUCUGCCGACAGCGAAGAAAAUGCGGAAGAUGAUUAUAUGGUGCCUUUACAGAUACAACAAGAGUCGAGGUACACCAAGAGAUCAGAUGUGAAUGUUCUUCACAAGCAACUUGAGCUCACUAAGGAUUCGGUGAGGAGUAGAAGGGCAAGGAAAUCCAGGUCUGAAUUACCUCCGGAGUUUGUUUCUAGAGGAUAUUGCUACGACCAAAGCCGCUCCUUAGACACGGAUGACAUGUUUAACUUGGCUUACACGUCUACAAAGUAUGGAGAAAGUCACCCCUUGUAUAAUCUUGUGGGACCGUCUGCUGGUAAUUCAUCUCAGAUAUAUGGAACAUACAAACUGCCCUCAAGACGGUCAGAUCUGUCAGGCAACACAGGUAAUUUUGGUCACCACUUUGAAGCUGGGCUUGACUUGGAAGCCGCAAAUUCAAAGAGAGGUUUACCCCAAAGUUCUGGGUUUUCAAAACAUGCCAACCCUCAUAGAAAAGCUGCAGUACGUUCACACAGUCUUCGAAAGGCAGCCACUAAUGAGAACACACUUCUUAACCAAGGUGGCUCGUUCCAUGGGUUUCGAGAAGGAAACUUGCUGCCUACUUUUUAUGAUUUUCCAAACGGCUGUAUUCAACAAGCACAUAGCCAGAGUGCCUACCUUGAAAAUCCCCAUCGUCAGCUAUUGACUAGUCGCUCCAUAGACGCGGCGAUCAUGUCGCAGCAUUUACAACAGUACCAACAACAAUUGAACUGUUACGCUAGAGAUUAUGGCGUGAACUAUGCGGGAAGCGAACCCACAUUCUGUCAAAACAACCGGGCGAUCUCACUUAGUGGCAUCAGUGAUGGACUAUUUAAGCAGGGUGACGACUCUGCUAUUUCUAUGUGUUCUCGAGGUGAGGCAGGGUACCCAAACGAGAGUGAAUAUAGUUACAAAGAACAGAUCCGACAGGAAGAGGACACUUGGACACCCCCUGAAAAACUAGAAGGUCUAACCGUUCAAGAAGUUUCCAAGUCGUUACGCUAUAUAGGAAUGAAAGAUAGGAUUAUACUUCGAUUUUCGAAUGAACAGAUCGACGGGAGUAUGCUGUGCUCUCUGGAUAAGAAACUGUUAAUCGGAGGAUUUCCAGAAUUAAAUGCCUUAGAGGUGAAAAAGAUAUUGGACUUCGUACAGGGCUGGAGACCGAAGAAAAACUGA